AAGAUGGCGGCGGGGCCGGGGAAGCACAAGCUGCUGAGCGCCGGCCCCACCGAGCCCUGGUCCAUCCGCGAGAAGCUCUGCCUGGCCUCCUCCGUCAUGCGCAGCGGCGACCAGAACUGGGUCUCAGUCAGCAGAGCCAUCAAGCCUUUUGCAGAGCCAGGACGCCCACCUGACUGGUUUUCCCAAAAGCACUGUGCAUCUCAGUACUCAGAGCUUUUGGAGACCACGGAGACCCCUAAAAGAAAACGUGGUGAGAAGGGAGAAGUUGUGGAAACCGUGGAAGAUGUUAUUGUGCGGAAACUGACUGCAGAGAGGGUUGAGGAGUUGAAGAAAAUCAUUAAAGAAACACAGGAAAAAUACAGGCAACUCAAGAAGGAUGCCGAGCUGAUCCAGGCUGGACACAUGGAUAACAGACUGGAGGAGCUGUGCAAUGAGAUUAUGAUAAAGAAAAAAAUGGAAGAGGAGGAGGCAGAAGUCAAAAGGAAGGCUACAGAUGCUGCUUAUCAGGCUCGCCAGGCCAUUAAAAACCCACCUCGAAGACUCACGGGGGUGAUGGUUCGUUCUCCUGCUGGCUCCACCUCCCCGGGUGGGGAUUAUUCCCUCGGAGAUCUGUCCCAGCCUGCUGGGGAUGAGGCCAGUCCAGGGGUUGGUGAAAAUGAAAUGGCAGUGGCUUCUGGUCAUAUGAACAGCUCUGGAGUGCUGCUGGAGGUGGGAAGUGUCCUUCCAGUGCUGCACAGUGGGGAAAUGCAGUCAGCACCUGGUGCUGUCCCUGCAUCUCCAGCUGCUUCAGGUGCUCCUACGCUUUCCCGGCUUUUAGAAGCUGGCCCUGCACAGUUCACCUCACCUCUUGCUUCCUUCUCCGCUGUUGCCAGCGAGCCUCCAGCUAAGCUCCUGCCACCCCCAGUAGAGCCUGUGUCCCAGGCCACUAUUGUCAUGAUGCCCACGCUGUCAGCACCAGCCGUUGUGCCACCAGCUGCAGCUGCAGAAAGUGUAGCCACAGUGAGCCAGCCAGAAGCCUGUGUUUCCAUGGAGGCAGUGUCUGAUGCCCAUACUGUGACAGUGUCCAUGGACAGCAGUGAAAUAUCAAUGAUCAUUGAUUCCAUCAAGAAAGAGUGCCUGGCUUCUGGGGCUGGCAGCACUGCAGGAUCUUCCAAAGAUCACUGCAUGGAUGGGAAAGAAGAUCUGGAUUUGGCUGAAAAAAUGGAUAUUGCAGUGUCCUAUACGGGGGAAGAGCUGGACUUUGACACGGUUGGAAAUAUUAUAGCCAUCAUUGAGGACAAGGUAGAUGACCACCCUGAAGUCCUGGAUGCAGCAGUUGUUGAAGCUGCUCUGUCUUCUUUCUGUGAAGAUACCGAUGACCCUCAGACCCUUCCUGGCCCAUGGGAACAUUCAAUUCGUCAGGAGCAUGAGAAACAGGUCCAGAUGCCACAAGUGUCUGUGACUGUGAAACAGGAGAGACUGGAGUGUGAGGAGCCAGAGGCAAAAGGAAUUCGAGACCUAAUAGGCAUCAGUGAGCUGGGGUCAGAAAUAAAGACUGAACUUGCAGAGCAGGACCAGAGUCAGCUGGGCCCUGAAGAAACCAUACCAGCAGCUGCAAGAGUGACAGAAACACCAGAGCUUAGAAACCAAGAGAUAGAAGAAGAUCAAAGAGCAGCUGUAACAUCAGGAGAGACUUCUGAAAUCAAGAUAGAGUCUUCCCAGGGAGAAGUUGCAGUGCUCAAUCCAGUGAAGACAGAGACCCCACCUGAUGAUGAUUCAUCCCCUCCACAAGUCCCAAAUGUGAGUGAAGACUCCUCACAGGCUGAUGUUCAGCACAAAUUUGAGCUGUCAGAGUCAAUGAAGGAGGAGGCCCAAGCCCUGUUUAGGAGUCAGAUGAAGGAUGGGCAGGGUGAGGAGGACGAUGAGGACGGUGCCAGCGAGGCUGCCAGUUUGGAGGAGCCCAAAGAAGAAGACCAGGGUGAGGGGUAUCUCUCAGAGAUGGAUAACGAGCCCCCCGUGAGCGAGAGCGACGACGGCUUCAGCGUCCACAACGCGCCCUUGCAGUCCCACACGCUCGCAGACUCCAUCCCCAGCAGCCCGGCCUCCUCUCAGUUCUCAGUGUGCAGUGAGGACCAGGAAGCCAUACAGGCUCAGAAGAUCUGGAAGAAAGCCAUCAUGCUGGUUUGGAGAGCAGCAGCUAAUCACAGGUAUGCCAAUGUCUUCUUACAGCCUGUAACUGAUGACAUAGCACCAGGCUACCACAGCAUCGUGCAGAGGCCAAUGGAUUUAUCUACCAUCAAAAAGAACAUUGAGAACGGGCUGAUCCGAACCACAGCCGAGUUCCAGCGGGAUAUUAUGCUGAUGUUUCAGAAUGCAGUGAUGUACAACAGCUCUGACCAUGAUGUGUACCACAUGGCUGUGGAGAUGCAGAGAGAUGUCCUGGAGCAGAUCCAGCAAUUUCUGGCCACACAGCUGAUGAUGCAAACAUCAGAGUCAGGGAUCAGUGCAAAGAGCCUGCGGGGGCGAGACUCCACUCGCAAGCAGGAUGCUUCGGAGAAGGACAGUGUCCCAAUGGGCUCUCCUGCCUUCCUUCUCUCUCUCUUUAUGGGCCAUGCCUGUAAGUCUGAGAUGGACUCUCCCAGCAAGUCAGAGAACAGUGAUUUCCAGUCUCUUUCCAACUGGGAAUUGAAUCCUGACUGGGAUUCAAGCUCGGAUGUGGAUGUGAGGAGCUGGAGAAAUACUGAAGAGGUGACCAUGGGGAAGCUAGAGGGGAGCAACCAAGAGGAAGAGACAGACCAUGAGAUGGAGCCGAGUGAGCCUCUGUGGAUGGAUGAUAGUGAAGAUGACCAUGAGACAGAGAAGCCAUGUGAAAGCGACGGUCUUUUCCAGUCCCUCUUGGAGGUAACCCAGAUGUUGGAAUCUUUCUGCAUUAGCAGCACAGAGUCAUCACAGACUCCAUUGGAUUGCUGUGGCUUGGAAAAGCAGAGUGAUGGGGAACAAGUGGGGUGCCAGGAAAAGACCACAGGAACAGCAGUCUUGGGAGCAGAGGAAAGUCAACUGCACAUCCUGGCAAAAAAUGAGAAAGAACACUUUCUGGGAAGAGAGGGCAAGACUCAAGAGACACCUGAAGAACCACCUUUAGAUGAGCUGCACCCACCAGACAUGAGUGCUCUGGCCCUGGAUCAAGGUGACAGUGACAGCACCUCUGCAUCCCUAGUGCUGGACUCCACAGGCUCUCCCAACAUGCACCCGCUGCAGCCAAGCUGGAAUAACCCCCUCCAGCACCUGAUCCUCAAAAAAAAGCUCCUGUCCAUCUGGAGGAUGAUAGCCAGCCACAGGUUCAGCAGCCCAUUCCUGAAGCCAGUGUCAGAGAAACAAGCCCCUGGAUACAAGGAUGUGGUAAAGAGACCCAUGGAUUUAAGCAGCAUAAAGAGGAGGCUGUCAAAAGGACACAUUCAGUCCGUGAUGCAGUUCCAGUGUGACCUGAUGCUCAUGUUCCAGAACGCCGUGAUGUACAACAGCUCUGACCACCACGUGUUCCACGUCGCUGUGGAGAUGCAGCGAGAGGUCUUGGAGCAGCUGCAGGUCUUGGCUGAAGCCAUCCUGUUGUCCAGGGACAGGUUGGAGUGAGGCAGGAGGUAACCAGCCCUGCCUGAGGCCUCUCUCAGCUGGAACAGUGUUGUAUCUAGGCCAUCUCUUAAGCUCAGGGGAUGUGCUGCUGUGGCCUUGGGUAGACCUCAUUAUCCCCAGUGCUGGCUGCUGGGUUGAUGGGUUGAUU